CCUAAGGCCGAGUCGCUCGCCGAGCCACGCAAGAUCAAGCGCCUGACGCGGGGCGAGCGCGAGAAGAUGGGCGAAACGUACGAGUGGACGGCGUGGGUGAGCACGUGCGGCGUCGUGUCCAUCGCCAUCACCGCCACCUACCUCCGUCUGCUGCGCGAGGUGUCCGACACCGGGGCUUUUCCCUGGUCGGAGCUCGUCGCGCAGCUGGCGCUCAUCGCGGGUGCGGCGGUGGGCAUGGAGUUUUACGCUCGUUACGCGCACAAGUACCUGUGGCACGAUUCGCUGCCGAUCUGGCUGCUGCACGAGUCGCACCACCUACCGAGGGAAGGUGCGUUCGAGGCGAACGAUAUCUUCGCCAUCGCCAACGGCGUCCCGGCCUUCGCGCUCUGCGCCUAUGGGUUUUUGACCCCCGGCUUAUUCGGCGGGUUAUGCUUUGGCGCCGGGCUCGGCAUCACCCUCUUUGGCAUUGCGUACAUGUACGUGCACGACGGCUUGGUGCACAAGCGGUUCCCCACCGGCCCGCUGGGUAAGCUCCCGUUCCUCCGCAAGAUCGCCGCGGGUCACACCAUCCACCACACCGAGGCUUUCGACGGCGUGCCGUGGGGCUUGUUCCUCGGCAUACAGGAGCUCGAGCAGGUUCCCGGCGGGCUCGCCGAGCUCGAAGCCGUGAUGGAGGCGGCGGAUAGGAAGUCGGCG